AUGGGCUGCCAUACUUUAAAAAAGGGUUCGACAGAAAUAAAAGGUCAUCGCAUUACUGAUUACACAUACUGUUCGUCCUUUCUAGCAAACCCCAUAGGCGAGCCCCAAGGAAAAAACUCUUUCUUUGCUGUCGUGAUCGUUAAAGAUCCCCAAGGGUUCCAAACACGUCCAGCUUUUACCUUCUUAAAAUUGGUAAAUGGUAACCGCUACAGGGUCAAUGAGGCUGUGCCAAAUAACCAUAAGAGGAUGCACCCAAAAUACGGAUAUGCUGAUAGAUGCUGCACUGCUUAUAAGAGAGUAUGGCAUCGAUGUGGAUUCCUUUUGGUCGAUAAAAGAUUAUCUAUCAAUCGAAUGGCGAAAGAAAGGCAGAAGUGGACCCUGGAGGAAGAAGAAGCGUUGUUUUAUGGAGUUGGAAAACAUGGGCAAGGGAAAUGGAAAGUUAUUCUUACAGAUCCCCAAUUUGCUUCUGCUUUGGCAAAUCGAUCAAACAUAGAUCUCAAGGACAAAUGGCGCAAUGUUAGUGUGAAUAGAGACAAAGUUAGAACUCCAAUGUUAGAAGGAGUUACUACUACUACUAUUACUACUAAUCCACCCUUGAAUUCUCCCAAAAUUAGAACUCCUUUGUUAGAAGGAGUUACUACUACUACUACUACUACUAUUACUACUAAUCCACCCAUGAGUUUUCCCAAACCUUUAUCUGUUGUUCAUCUCCUUGACUAUGGUGGCAUGUCUGUGCCUUCCAGCAGCACCAUGGAUGAAACAACACCCCCAGUUUAUGAAAAGUUGAUUCUCGAGGCUCUGUCAUCCAUUGGAGAUCCAAAUGGGUCUAACACCAAUGCAAUUCUUAGCUUCAUUGAGAAAAAUUUUCCGGUGCCUGAAAAUUUCGAAAGAUCAGUGACUUCAAUGCUCAGAAGACUUGUAUUGACAGGAAAAAUCGAGAUGGUGGAUAACAACUUCAAGUAUAAGGGUGCAUCUUCUGGAUUCAAAAGGGAUGAUAGUAAGAAUGAUAAACUUGAUGAUGAUGAGAAACAGGAGGCACCAGAUGCUCCUGAUUCACCUAUUGCUACUGAGACAUUAGAAGAUGCUGCAUUUUAUGCUGCACGUCUUGUUGCUCGUGCUGAAAACGUGGAGCAAGAGGCAAUUGAAGCAUGUCAAGAGUCAGAUAGGAUUGCAAAGAUGCUUGAAGAAAGCAUGGCAAUGCUACAGCUGGCUGAAGAGCUUCAUGAAAUGUGCUUGAAAGAUGGAUUUGUUCUGCUGGCUCUUUGAAUGUUGGGUUGUUUGGGUGGUGAUUCAAUGCUAGAGAAGGUUUUAGGUUGUUAGGUUCACAGAGAGUGUAUUUGUGUGUGGAAAUUGACUUGUUAAGUCGAAUGUUUGGUUUUAUGUUUGUGGUCAUGUUGUGUAGAGUUGUUUUAUCUUUCAUAGGUGGAUGUGUUAUGCUUAUUAGCUCUGUUAUGCAUGAUGUAAUCUUUUGCUGGAUUUUCGGG